AUGCAAAGUAAUUUUGAUUUUGAAGAAAUGGAUCCUGAAGAAACUGAUUAGACAUAAAAACAAUAAUAAUAAUAUAAGAUAAUAAAAAUAGAUUUCAAAUCUUAUUUAAAGAAAAGCACUAUAAAAACAACCCCUAAGCUACUAAUUUAUCAAAAUUUAGAUAUUUAUGAUACUGAUUACAAUAGAUUAGAGCCAGGCUACAUGCUAAACGACAAAAUUAUUGAUUUUUUUGUUGAGUUUUUGACAUAAUUAAAAAGAUAUAACAACCUAAAAAAUAAUAUUUAAAAUGAAACGAGUAAAAUAUUAUGCAGUUAUGCUUUUUCGAGCCUAGAUUUAUAUAAAUAUAACAGCGAUAUUUUUGAUUUAAAGUAGCCCCAAAAAUAUUUUAGGUUGAAUAACGAAAAAUCUAUCCUUGAGUGCUUUGAUAGAGUUUAUUUGGUAGUGAAUGAAGCUGAUUUCCAUUGGGUUUUGAUAGAAAUAUAUUUAUAAGAAAAUAUCUAUUAGCAAAAUUAUGAGAUUUAGAAUGAAAAAAUACCAAAUAAAAUUCGAUAAAAACAAAUAUGUGAAAGCAUUUAGUCUUCUCUAAAAAAUUCUACAUCUUCAAAUAAUAAAAGUAAAAGUUAAUCAAAAAAUAAAAACUAAUAUAAACCUUCAAAGCGAGGUAUUUUAGAAUAGAAUGGAUAAUUUUAGUCUUCUUUACAAUAGAAAGUUUAAAAUGAAAUAUAAUAAGAUAAUAUACAAUAUAAUAAUAGUAACUCCUAAAAAUAACUAUAUGACUAAUAGAGUCAUUAAUUAAGUUAACAAACUAGUGAAUAUAUUAAAGAAAAGAGCACUGAUCUAUCAUAUGAGAAAAAAAGAAACUAGAGUAUAAAAAAAAUAGUUAUGAAAGUUUAUAAUAGUUUAGGGUAGAGGUCUAAUGUAGAAAACCAAACUGCUAUUGUUUUACUAAAGAAAUAUUUUUUAAAUGAUUUUAAAGAUUUGUAUGGCUAAUAAUGCUUAGUAGAAUUUAAUAUUCUUUCAGAAAAGGUUCCAACUUAAUCAGGCGGUCCAGAUUGUGGAGUUUUUUGCUGUAAAUAUUUAUAAAAAUUAUACUAUGAGGAUAGCAAAGUAUUUGAUUAUAGCUGCUUCACUCAAAGUAAAAUGAUAGAAUAUAGAAGAUUUAUUUAGCAAUUAAUGACAGAUAUUAAAAAUUCAAAUCAAGAUUAUAGCAAGGUGUACGACAAAUAUAUAGAUUUAUAGAUAUGA